AUGACUACUACUAAAUCGCACACAGAAGUUCACGAGGCGAAUAACGUCGAGUUUCGCAAGGCUCCAGAACAUUUCUUCAAGUCGCAGCCCGGUACAGGUUACAUAACCAGCUAUGAACAGUACAAGACGAUGUACAAGCAGUCAAUUGAGGACCCAGAGACAUUUUUCGGCAAGAUGGCCAACGAGUUCUUGGACUGGGACAGACCCUUCACUAAAGUGAAGUCCGGGACUUUGGAACACGGCGACGUCGCGUGGUUUGUGAACGGUGAGUUGAACGCAUCUUACAACUGUGUUGACAGACAUGCGCUGACCAACCCGGACAAGACGGCGUUGAUCUACGAGGCUGACGACGAGAAGGAGAACAGAAUUAUCACCUACGGAGAGCUAUUGAGACAAGUGUGUAAAGUGGCUGGUGUCUUGAAGAGCUGGGGGGUUCAGAAGGGCGACGUCGUCGCCAUCUACAUGCCAAUGAUCCCAGAGACACUGGUGGCCAUGUUGGCCGUGGCCAGAAUUGGGGCGAUCCAUUCGGUCGUCUUCGCUGGGUUUUCAGCAGGUUCCUUAAAGGAUCGUGUCGAGAAUGCUGGUUGUAAAGUUAUUAUCACAUGUGAGGAGGGGAAGAGAGGUGGUAAAGUGAUACACUCGAAGAAGAUUGUCGACGAGGGUCUUCAUUGUGUCAACAGCGUCGAGAAAGUGCUAGUUUUCGCCAGAACUGGGAACUUGGAGGUGCCGAUGCAAAGAGGUAGAGACUUCUGGUGGCACGAGGAAACCGCUAAGCAAAGAGCAUAUUUGCCACCCGUGACGUGCAAUGCAGAAGAUCCACUUUUCUUGCUGUACACCUCUGGUUCCACCGGUACUCCAAAGGGUGUUGUGCACAGCACGGCAGGCUACCUGCUUGGCGCCGCAAUGACGACAAGAUACAUCUUCGAUUUGCACCCAGAGGACGUUCUAUUCACUGCCGGUGACGUCGGUUGGAUCACUGGUCACACGUACGCAUUGUACGGUCCACUGGCGCUAGGUGCCGCCUCGAUCAUCUUCGAAUCGACACCAGCGUACCCAGACUACGGGAGAUACUGGAGAAUCAUCGAACGGUACAGAGCAACCCACUUCUACGUGGCACCUACCGCACUAAGACUGAUCAAGCGUGUUGGUGAGGCAGAGAUCGACAAAUACGAUAUCUCAUCCUUGCGUGUACUGGGUUCCGUCGGUGAACCCAUCGCUCCUGAUCUGUGGGAGUGGUACAACGAAAAGAUCGGUAAGAACAACUGUGCCAUCUGCGACACCUACUGGCAGACGGAAUCCGGUUCCCAUUUCAUCGCGCCAAUGGCUGGUGCUGUGCCCGCAAAGCCAGGUUCUGCCUCUGUCCCAUUCUUCGGUGUCGAUGCAGUGAUCAUCGACCCUGUAACAGGAAAAGAACUCGAGGGGAACGACGUUGCUGGUGUCCUUGCCGUGAGGUCGCCAUGGCCCUCGAUGGCCAGAUCCGUCUGGAACAACCACUCUCACUACCUGAACACGUAUAUGAACGUGUACCCAGGCCACUACUUCACUGGUGACGGUGCUGGUAGAGAUAACGACGGGUACUACUGGAUCAGAGGUAGAGUUGACGACGUUGUGAACGUUUCCGGUCACAGACUGUCCACUGCAGAAAUAGAAGCCACGUUAAGCACGCACGAUGGUGUAGCUGAGGCCGCCGUCAUUGGUAUCAACGAUGACUUGACUGGUCAAGCCAUUGUAGCGUUUGUUUCCUUGAAGAAGAUAACGCACGUUGAUGACCCAACGGAGGAAAUGGAGGACGACUCUCCAGAGGAACUGCGUCGUGAAUUGAUCUUCCUGGUGAGAGGUGAAAUCGGUCCCUUUGCUUCGCCAAAGGCGAUCAUUGCGGUUAAGGACCUGCCAAAGACCAGAUCUGGUAAAAUCAUGAGAAGAGUCUUGAGAAAAAUCGCCUCGAACGAGGCUGACCAGCUGGGUGACUUGUCCACAUUGGCUGAUCCCGAUGUCGUGCCCUCCAUCGUCGAAUCUGUGAAUAAGCAAUUCUUGAAAUUCAAGAAAUAA